CAAAGUGGAUGAGAAUCAUGUGGUUGAAGGGAAGGUGUGGUCAGUCAGCCUCCUAUAAGAAUGACUGGUUGUGCUGUGUGGAGCUCAGAGAUCAACAGCCUCCAGACUGUGGUCACAGACCAUCAUUCAACAACCAUCCAGACUACCUGCUGAUCAGCUCCACCAGCCACACCUUUCUGGACCAGUAUCCAGCUCUCCAAGCCUCUUCCCAGUCAUGGCGUCUCCACGGUGGUCUACCUCCAUGCUGUUGCCUUCACUGAUCCUUCUUCUUUACUGGACGACCUCCUCUGCUUGGUCACAUGACUCCACCUCCACUGACCUGUUUCCACCACACAGGGUAAAAAGAGAGCUGCCUUUCCGUACCAGAGAGGAGGUCACAGCAUCUGUGCAAUUUUCAAAAGACACUUUGACUAUAAUCAAUGAAGUGAUUGGAAAGAAAAAUCCUGAAACAUUGUCAGGUGUGUUGAAGGGUAUCUCAGUAUUCACCAAAGUUUGUCUUCAAUUCAUACGUCUGGCAUCACCAAUUGCAAAUUUGGUCUUGGCCCUUGUCCCUCAAGAAAACCCUCUGAAGGAGCUGAGGGAAGGGUUUGCUGAGGUGAACAGGAAACUGGACUCUCUCUCCCUCCAGAUCUCCAACUUGGCAACAGAUGUAGAAUGGUUCAACUACGCCAGCGUCUAUUCUCAAGAUGAGGUCCGCAUCCUCAACGCCUGGAAGAAGUUUGACGAGUUCCGUGAAAACAGUGGGUUGGUAAACACUGCUGAAGACAAACUCCGACUGGCAGAGAUAUUCACCAACUACUAUGAGAACACAGCAGUUGAGGCCAGUGUGGCCAACCUCUACCAUUACCUGACAGUCAGCAGCACGUCUCUGAGUGGAAACCUCAACAACCUGCUGAAGAAGAAGUUUAAAUGUAGCAUUAGAGAGAUCGGUAAAUAUAACAUAUAUUUUAGCAGCUUGCUGGUGAAGGGAAUGUUCCUCAACCAGCUCUACUGGGAUCUGGUCGGUUUUAACCCAUCAGGCAAAGAAGCUGAACAAACCCAGAUGUUCAAGACCGUCUCCAAGGCUCAGAUAUCAGCUGUGAAGUUCUGCCUGGACAACUACAAGAAGUACAUGGAGAAGGAUGUGGAGGAGAUCGGAAAAGCAAUGAAUCCUGAUGACAAAACCGCCAUUGCUGCUCAGGUGAAGAAGGCUCUGGACAACAAGUACAACUGGUAUAACUGGGUGGUGCUGGUGUACAACACAGACCAGGAGCAAAAAUACAUCUAUAGAUAUAGUAUGACAAAUGUCCCUGUGGGUAAGAUCACUGUGGCUGUGGGCUACACUCAGAAAACAAACGAAGAAAGAAAAGAAGAAGUUAAGAAUCAGUUGAUUUCUUGUUACCAGGAGAGAUGGUCUGGUUGGGGUAGGACAGCUAGUGUAGAAAGGACACUGUGUGAGGAUAUUGAACAUAAAAAAGUGUGCAGUCAUGAGGUGGCUGGUGUUCCUGUCACAGAGUAUAUCAAAGUGAUGUACAGCAGCUAUUCAACUGUUAAUGACUUUGUUGUAGACCCAAAUGCCCUUCAGAGUUUCAAGUGUAAAUGGGGAAUUUUAAAUCCAUACAACAUCCACAUCUAUUACUCCAAAACCUUACCUGUCUGUGACCCUGAUCCCUGUCAGAACGGUGGAAAGUGUGAGAGGCUGCUGGACUCCAAUGAUCACCUGUGUAAGUGCCCAGAUCGUUACUAUGGAGACAGAUGUGAAAAUGAUGCUAAAAUCCGCAGGAGCCCAGUGGCCAAAUUAGAACAUCCUGUGCCUGAUAUCAGCACCCUUAACAUCAAACUGGACAAGAUUCUCAAGAGACUUGGUUUGACAUCUUCCAAUCACUAGCAGGAUUCUGCAGGAAAGACAACGUGAUGCAAACUCAGACACUGAGGAGAGAAUCAACAAGACAGAUGUGGAGUCACAGAAAGAAAGUUUAGAAUCAUCUGAAAACAUCAUCAUACAAAUCAUCAUACAUCAGUAACCAAUCACACAUCCAGGACAGUUUGAUCUGUUCUAACUUCAUUCAACCAGAACCAAAAACCUUUAGAUUGGACUGACUCAUCAUCAUCAUCAUCAUCAUCAUCAUCAUCAUCUCUAUGUGCUUCAUUUCUUUGCUCUUGUCUGUGAUUGUAAAAGAAGCAGAUGUCGUGUUAUUAAAAAUCAUCUCCAGCUUCA